UGCUUAAACGAUUCCAACACCGGAGUCAAUAUUUGACUAAGUUUCAUGAAAAAUUUCAACUUUUUGUUAAUAGCAUUAUUUAGUUAACACGUUUUACUAAUAUCCGCUACAGGAACUGGGAAUAAAAAGUAUAUGUGCAUAAACGUGGUCAACUUUUUUGCAUUUUAAGCCUACUAAUUAAAUCAUAGUGCAUGUUUCCUCAUGACUCGAGCGAGCGGUGGGAAUUUAAAAAAUAUAUAAAAACAAACAUCAUGAUGUUAUCAUUUUCAACAUACUUAACCUACCUGAGAGAUUAUUUAAUGCAAAGUACGUGUUAUUUCGUGCUUAAGUGUUUGAAGUAAUAAGUAAGAUGAUUGUUUGAAAAUUUAAACUUGAAUUUAUAAAGUGCUGCAUUAAAUUAAGUAAAACAAAUACUGUUGAUCUCAUACAUAUGACAGUAGUAUUUGUUUCAUGCUGAUAUAUUUGACGAGAACAGAGAAUCUUUCCCAGGAUUUAGGGUGCUCGUGGAUAUUUUAAUGAAUUUAACAUAGAUGGAAUUGACUUUUAACUUUCGAGCAUUUAUGACAUUAUCUGACGAGGAAGGAUUAAUUCUUUAAGUAAAUUUCACAUUGAAGGUGAAAUAAUUACACGGAAGGGGUAGAUAAAGCAUGUAUUAUCUGUCAAUAUUUCUCUUACUAACAAUAUAAAAAUGAAAUGGGAUUAAAUGAAGCAAUCUUAAAAUCUAAAUUAUAAAUAUAUCUAUCUAGUGGAAAAUAUCACAAACGCAAAUAUACAUAUAUAGUCUUACAUCCUGAUAUACUUUUAAUUUGAUAUUCAUGAAACUGUGUAAUUUAGUAUAUUUCUAGUUUAUUUUUCAUGACUGUAAGUCUGUACGUGGUUUUGUGUUUCGAUCGUGCAAAAUCAGAAUGUCGUAUGUACUUUGAUAAAUAUUUUGUAUAUAACUCUGAAAGUUAGCUGAACUAAUAGAGUAAGCUCAACGGAAAUAUUCUUGAAAGGACAUAGCGUGAAUGAAUUAUAGACAUACCUGGAUAUACUAGUAGAUAUUCCAACAGUCAGUGAUUUGUUAAGUGUCAAGGUUUCAAAAUGAUGCAACAGAAGAUGAUUAGUGUAAUAUCAAAGUGCCCGGGUGGAAGGCGGGGCAGUGAAGUGCGGACUGUGUUACCAUGGUUACGGAAGAAGAGUGAACUGUUGAGUAAAUGUAAUGACGACGUACUUGAAGAUGUCAUAAAAAACUGUAACUACAGACGGGCUUUCAAGGAUGACGUAAUAGUAGUUCAGGGAGACCGCGGGGACUGUUUUUACAUAAUGUUGUCUGGAAGAACGUCAGUGUUCAUUGAUACUAGUAAAUCCGACGAUGACGGCGACAUUACAAAAGCAGAAGACGACGCUGCCAGCAAGACAACAACACAAGCUGAUGACGUCAUGUCUGAAGACAGUUCCGACAGCCCACGUGAAAUGAAGAAAAAGAAACCAAUGGAUCGGUCAAAAUAUGGAAAAUUUAUUAUUCAUUUUGACGCUGGUAAGAGUUUUGGGGAGAUAGCGUUGAUUAGUGAGGACUCGGUGAGGAACGCCACUGUGAUAGCAGACGAAGAGACGGACUUGCUGUUAAUACACCGUGACCUCUUCAACAGGUCAAUGAAGGCGCAACAAGAAAAGGAGUAUGAAGAGAGGAAAUCCUUUAUUGACAACUGUCGUAUGUUCGGGGACUGGACGCCCAAGUUUAAACAUCUACUCGAGAUGAGUAUAAGGAAAGAGGUGUAUCCGUACGGUACACAAAUAAUGCGACAGGGUGAUCCUGUGGAGGGUCUCUUUUUUAUUGUGAGCGGCCAAGCAAAAGUAACAACAGAACCUUCGAGACACAAGAUGCAAUAUCCACAACUUAUGACGCAACUUUCCGUUCUAGAAAAAGAAUUUGGCAGACAAAAUAAAGAAAACUUGUCCCAGAAGUCUCCAAAUGGCUUGACUCAGCAUCAGAUACGGGUUAGGAGGAAGGAAGGUUACGCGGCGGCGGAGAAGCGUUUCAUGUCAAAGUCGCUAGAGCUGUGCUGUGUUGAAGGAAAUGAAAUACAAGGUGACCUUGAGAUGGCUAUGGAUAUGACAACAUCCUCGUGCACUGUCACGUGUACUGCCAUGAAUACCACCGUGUUCAUUCUCGAUACUAAAACUUACGAGCGCUUGAUAUUAAAGAAAAAUUUGCAUACCGUCAUGAAACUCAAAGAGGGCGUACUCCGGAAGCUGCACAGCAGAAUAGCAACUUCAAAUGGUGGAAGUGUUCCUUUAUUUCGAAAGAUUCGCGAUAAGCUACAGGAGGAACUCAAACCAAAGGUCAGAGAACACACACAGAAAAUGAAAAACGAGAACGAAAAAAAUGCUGUAUUGUCUCAAAUGAUAAAACUUUACUUGAAAGACAAAGUACCAUUAAUAGAUCCUAUAUUACCAGACUCGUUCUACAAUCGUCUCAUGUCAGAAAAACGAAACAAACAGAUUGAGAAAUUUGAGAAAAAGAAAGAAGAACAGGCGUUAAUGUUGAGGCGAAGAAAGAACAGAGUUCCGAGAUCAAUGAAACAACUCCAGAAUAGUGCAGCAGAAACUCAAUUGCUGUAUCCGGAACGGAGUUGGUUAGAGCCGGUAAAACCUUCGAAAGACAGACAUAUACGACCUAAAACCGCAUUAGGAAUCGAAUCCCGUUCUCGUGUGGAGGAUGGAAGCGAGCGGCCGGACACCAGUCCUGCAAAUCAGAGCGGCGUAUUUCAUCUCACGGAAUGUGAAACUACCGACGAACUGGGAGAGACAGUGGUAAAAGAAAAGUCCAUAUUGGUGACAGAAGAAUUUGAUCACGUGUUUAAACAAAUAGAUACCAUCCAACGUGGAAAGUCCGCAGCACGGUCAAAGGUCAUUUGCUCUGUGACUGCAACAAAUGAGCUCCGAGAAGAAACAGAGCGCGCACAAUUGUUAGGUUUUGGUGCAGACGACAUGUAUGAUCUUCAUGAUGAGAAUUAUUUUGAUUACGAAACAAGUGCCAGCAACCUGAAAAAUUUAGAAGAUCGAAUAAAAGUAUUCUGUGACGAAGUCAGGCACAGACGAAUAAAUGACCCAAUCAGAAUUGACGAGAUGAGAUGCUUUCAAGUAAAGGACUCGGAAAACGUUCCAAUGUCAGGUGGCACAGUGUUUGUGAACCGGAAGCCUUGUUCAUACCCGAAGAAUGCCAGAUUAAGUAAAGACGUUCACCAGCACGUGCGACGUUACAUAAUAACGCGGGAUCAAGCACGCUACACAGCCUCGGCGUCUGCACUAGCUAUCAGACCAAAAAGUUCCCUAGGUCUUACCUCAAGGCGACCAAAGUCAGCAUGGUAGCGUCACAUGUUCGUACUCAAUUGAGACAAUGAACGAAAGUUCAAUUUCUUUCAUGUAUUAUAUUAUUCAUAAAAUAUUCAAUACUCUUUAAGUGCUACAUUUGUAACACAUUUCAACAUUAUCCGGCUGUGGUACUGUACAAGCUAGGAAAAUGGAAAAUGUUUUUCAACCCAGCUUAUGUGUCCUGAUUCUUAAAAUAAUUAAUAGAAUUAAACUAAAACGGUGUUGAAGUCUUCUAUAACAAUUUGCAUGAAUAGUAUGAAAUGUAAUUAAACAAAAAAUCAGAUAUAUAUAUAGAUAGAGCUGAUGAAAUAAUGGUUCAGUGUUAUUCGUGUAAGUAUUUGAAGUGUCUAGA